ACCAGCGCAUCAUCUGUGGAACCUCAGCCACAUUCAGUAAGGUCUGCCUCUCCUAUUUGCCACCAGACACAGGAAGAAGACAAGCAGAGGCAGCAGCAGCAGGAGGAGAGAACAGGCAGAGAAGAGAAGUUGACCCUGGAACCGCUUUUCAAAGUUCUAGACACACCUAUGAGUGAGAGUGAGGAGACAGCGACCACCCUGCCUGCCCAGCUGGACCGAUCCCACAGCAUGCAGAUGGAGGGUUAUUUGGGUCGCAAGCAUGACCUGGAGGGGCCCAAUAAGAAGGCAUCCAACAGGUCCUGGAAUAACCUGUACUGUGUGCUCAGAAAUAAUGAGUUAACAUUCUACAAAGAUGCUAAGAAUUUGGCCAUGGGGGUGCCAUACCAUGGGGAAGAGCCUUUGGGUCUGAGGCAUGCCAUUUGUGAAGUUGCUGCUGACUAUAAGAAGAAGAAACAUGUCUUUAAAUUGAGGUUGAGUAAUGGCAGUGAAUGGCUUUUCCAUGGCAAGGAUGAGGAAGAGAUGCUCUCCUGGCUUCAGGGUGUGAGCACAGCUAUCACCGAGUCCCAAAGCAUCCAAGUUAAGGCCCAGAGCCUCCCCCUACCCUCCAUCGCCGGCACAGACACCAGCUUUGGAAAGAAGGACAAGGAGAAGAGAUUCAGCUUCUUCCCCAAAAAGAAAUAGCUCCUUCCCCUAUUCCUUUGUGGGAUGGGGGCAGGUGAAGGAGAGAGAGGUGAAAGGUCCACCUUGGACCCCCACCCCAUUGGACAACAUUAAUUCUGCUCAGGACGUUCAGUGCAGAGGCCCCCAGCCCAGGCCAACCAUCGUUUCCCUCAACCCCCCACUCUCCACUGUCCAGGCAGGAUGCCCACAAGCUUUACCUCAGCCACAAUCCACUGGCCACUCCCCGGCCAAUCCCUUCUUCCCCCUACCCCAUGUGUCUCCUUAGCCCCAUUGACCCAGCCUUUGUCUGUAGCCCAGUCCACCCCUAUGUGGUCAUAGGGGCUAAGGAUCAGUCUCAGCCCAGGUCUGGGGAGAGGAAUAGGCUGGACUGAAUCAGAACAGCCUGGAGGGUAAAUUCCAUUCCCUCUCAGCACUAACACUGCACUAUAUAAGGGGCUGUCACCUCAUCCCACAUGAGGGCCCUGUGGCAUGGCAGACCUUUGAGGGCAAAGCUGGGAUUGCACUCCUUGUCUACUAUCACUUUCCCUGUCUUCUAAUUUAGGAUGGGCCUACUUUCCACUCCUCUCAAUACUACUCCCCUGCCCAGCCUGGGAAAUCACUGAGGUAGGAGAGAAUUUCUCUGACUAAAGACAUGCCCAGAGAAGGGAAAAAGGGGCCUGUGUAGGGCAGAAGCCUUUCCGCAGUCCUUCACUACACCUUAAUCAGACACCUAUAUAUCCUGUGUCCUUGAGCUGUGUAUGGACUCACCGGCCCCACCCUCUCCUCUAGGAUGAAGGCUCCUUUAGGCCUCACAUACUACUUUUUUCUUCCCCUUGCCCCCAAGCAACCUAUGAUUUGACUGCUAUCUCACACCCAUUCACCCUUUCAAUGGUGGGCUUAGGAGAAGUGGAGGCAAGCUUCUCAGCUCCUGCUCUGUCCCAGGAUAAACAUCCUGUAGCUUAAGGACAUGCAGAAUCUUAGCAUUUGGACAGAGUGACGGUAAAGAAAGGUUACAGAGCCAUGGAUAUCAUCCAGGUCCAUAGGCUUCCCCAAGAAAUGGGACUUCCGCCUCCAGUGCCAUCCACUUUUGCCCUCCCCAUAAUGCCAUUGUUCAUAAGGCCAGUUUUCUGGGAGUCCUUCUUGAACUGUAUAACUAAUUGCCAGCAAUUUGCCCAGGUCAGUACCCAUUACUUGGGUGGCAGGAAGAAGGGACAAGAGAGCUCUUUAAAAAAUGAUGGUUAGAGCUCCUGAAUCCUAAGCCCUGAGAGGAGACUGAUCCCUUGUCUCUGCCUCUGCCUCUGCUCUGGUUUUAAACCUCAUCAGCAGAUCAAUCUAGUAGCAAUAUUUAUAUAUAUACAUAUAACUCAGAUUCAGGGCCCUUCCUCCUUCCGUGCUGAUCUGGGGCCCUUGAGGGAGUAACAGUGCAGAUUCUGCAGACUCCAGUUGGACAGCAGCCAAAGGGGCCUAAGAACACUCCAAAGCUGAAGACCCCAAUGCACUCACUCUUCCUUUCCAGCUGGUACCCUUGAAGGUACCAGAUUAGCAGAAAGCCCAGAGCAUCUCACCCUACUGAGACAGAGGUUGAGAAUCCCACAGUGCCCAGAGAAUGAUGUCACUGACAACCAGAGGUAAGCAGUCACUACAUGUAGCUAGAAUACCACCUCAUGCUAGAGUUGGAGCCUAUUAGGAGGUGAGCACACAGUAAUGGUGUAUUCAUCCAUCCAUGGGGCUUCAAAGAGGAACAUCUUUCAGAAGGGCAAGAAGGCUUUGAGUCCUGAAGGGGACAGAUGGGUGCAGAGUUCAUCUUCCCCCUCUGCUCACAGAUAAAUCUGAGAUCUGUACAUCCUGUUGUCUCUCAAGAAAAACCUUCUUACAUGGGACCAGGGCCAUUCCCGGAGGCCAGAGACUGAAUUUUACAAGCCUCCCCUUCCAUUGCUCCAUUCUGAGAGCAACCUGACUCUAAGUGAUGUCUUGUAAGGAAGGAUAGGGGCCAGUGAUGAAGUGGAGGUUGCAGUCUCUAGGGACAAGCACAAGGAGACAUAACAUUUCCCCAAGGGGAAAGAAUAAGUGGAUUAGGGUCCGGAGCCUGAAGAGGAAGACAUCCUCAUUCUCCCAGGUCCAGUGAAAGGACCUGCAUUCUCUGUCUCCACCGUCUUACUGAAGAAAGGGAACUGGAGUAACUUGAAAUUCCUUAUGAAAAGGUGAGGGCUCUGCUGGGGACAGCACUGUGGAUAGAUACUGAGCAACAGCAGCUCAAGCUGUACCCAUUGGUGCCCAGAAGCCUUUAGAGGCACCCAUUUGGCCUACACCUCUCAAGUUCUCCCUUCUCACAUUAACCCCUGGCCAUUGAUGGUGGGAGAAGGCAGCGUACAGGAGAGCUGUAUGGUUUCUGUCCUUUUGCUCUGGCAUUACUCCAAGGUGUAUUUCAAGGAUUAUUGAUCAAAGAACAUGAGAAGUUGCUUGAUAGGAGCCUAGCAUUCCCAGGGUGAGUCUGUCCACUUCAGGAACUAAGAGUCCUCUUUGAGCCCUAGAUCAGUGACAUGACCUUUAGUUGGCAUCAGAUCUCUUAAUUUAUCCAAUUCCAACUCUCUGUUGGCCACCUAGAGUAUUGUGGUCUCUGGCAUGUAGCAUUCCACUGUGGUCAGGGGAAUAUGAAAUAGAAGGGUACCUACCUGGCCAAAAAAAAAAAUAGGUGAGGCAGCAUUUGGCAUCUACAAAAACUGGCUCUAAUCAGGAGUCUACAGAGAAGCUUCUCAUGGCAGCAACUUUCCUCAACAUUUCUGUGGGGGAAUUCUUAAGGAGUUACCUGGGGCUGGAAUGGGGGGUGGGGAGGAUGCCAUAAACUAUUAUUUUCCCCAUCCCAUGCUACCCCAAAGGGCACAUUCAGGAGAGAUAAACAUCCCACCCCAGAUCCCUGGGAGAGCUCAUGGGGGCAGCUACCUCAUUUCAGGUAUGUGAAAUGCCACCUUCUGCUCCUUUCCAUCUCUAUCAUCCUGACCACCACCUUGAGCAGGAGACAGAACUGGGCUGAAACUGCAGGACAAUUUACUCACCAUGGGCUAGGUCAUGCACCACCGGGACUGAGCUCCCGGGGAGCUACAUAAUUUUCUUACAUUUUCUACUUUAUGGUCUUUUUCUUUCAUCCUUUUCCUAUACCAGGUUCACACCGCUGUCCCUGUUAGUCUAACAGGCUUGUCUUCUCUUCAGAAUGUUUUUUUGAGGGAGUGGCUCAGUUGAUUCUCAUCUACCCAUUUAUCCUUUGCUCCCCUCAUCUAGAUGUGGGCCAGGGUUGGACCUGUGUAUGCAGGGAGGGGGCCUCCAACUCCCUAUUUGGUACUGUCGCAGGAGGAUGAAGGCUGAAAUCUGCUGUAAACCAUUCUGCUUUCCUGCCAGGCUCAAGGAACCCAGAAAGGUUCCUGGAAAAGAUUACAGGAACAAGGAAGACGAGGCAAAUGAUGUCAGCUCAUCACACAACUUUGUACCAUGGACAAGAGAACUCAGGGAGGGUGGGUGAGGUGUGAGGGGGACCCUGAGAAUAGCGGAGCCCAGUGAGCACAGACCCUCCAACCAGCUGGGCGCUAAUCUCCAUCUGCUCAAAUGUGCUUCCACUGUGCAGAGAGGAAAAUCAAACCUGAGUUUUUGCUUGGGAAGAGCUUCCCAAUUCAUUUAAUAGAGUUUUUCUAAUAAACUAAUAACUCCCUGA